GCCGCCCGGCGCGCGGGAGAUUUGAACCUCGGCGGCGGUUGGGGCCGGGGAGCGGGGCGGCGGUUCGGCGCUCUCCGCCAUGGGGGUCUCUGGUAGCGCCCCGGCUACCCCUGCCGCUCUCCGCAACAAGCACCUGGCGCACGUCAGCGACCCCCGCUCCCCUAGCGCCGGCAUUCUGCGCACCCCGAUUGAGGUGGUGAGCUCCCCGGCCGGCAGCCCUCAGCCCGGCCCCGCCGAGCCGGCGGCGGGUACCUGCCAGGACCGGGACCCGCGCUCGCCCACGCCCGGCAUCUCCCGCACGCCUAUGAGAGCCGCAUCGAGCGACAGCGUGGACCUCUUGGUGAAGCGGCUCAGGGAGGCCUUCGGGGCUGGCGCCGCGCCCCGGGAACCGGCGCCGCCGGGACCGGCCUGCCCCGCCGAGGAGCCGGCAGCUGAGCAGCCGGCCUGGCGAAACUCCCCGCCCGCGGGCGGCCCGGAGGCGGCCGCCGCCUCGGGGGAAGGGUCGGAAAGGCCGCUGUCUCCCGACGCGGCCCCGGCUCGGCUAACCCGCGUUGCCGGGCCCGGCUUCUCCUCGGGGAGCAAGCCUGUAAGGCGCAAGACCAACAACAAAAUCAUGACAACAUCUGGUGGAAGUGGUCGCUCUCCCCUCAGCAUCCUACAGGACGACAAUUCCCCCAGUGCUCCUGCCCCUCGCCAGGGUAAGAGGCAUGUAUUGGGAGAGAAUCUUGGGGAAAAGAAGGAAGUGACAGUGGAUCUGAGCAGGAGCUUCAAAUCUGGGAACUGUUCUUGGAGUGACUUGAACAAAGAGAACCAACAGCGUCCUUAUGUGGAAAACUAGAGGUUUCCUUUUCCAGGAUCUUAUUGCAAUUUGCUUCUAUGCUUUGAGAGUCUUCUGGGGGUGAGAAAUUCUGCAAUAGACUGAAACUCCAGACUUGUGGUCACUCUUUUCACCUAUCCCUGUUGGGGAAAGAGCGUUAUCUUUCUCCCCUGUUUUUGCAUGUCUUACAGUACAGACUCUGGCUCUUCUAUUGUAUAUCAGCUGUAUUGACUUACUGUAGAGUUCUUAUCUGUGGCAAAUAAAUUUGUAUUAAACUUUU